UUGCCACUUUCCCUUGACUUUUUUGUGGUGAUGUAAACAGCUGAUUCAUAUUUAUUUUAUGAAAGUGUUUGAAGUUUUGCUUUUGCAAUGGACAAAGGAAUUCCCUUUGUGGAACUUCUGGAGCGCGCAAAUGAAAAAGUUGAACUCGGCCAUGAGUUGAUUGAAGAGUUGGAAGAGUAUACUCAAAUUAGUGGUGUGCAAAAAAUUCAGAGAAAAAUCAGUCAGGAAGUAAAAUUUUUGAAGAAGGUCAUUAAAAACGAAACUCUGAAGCUCAAUCACGUCCAAUGCAGUAAUCUGACACACUACGCCUUCCUGGUGCAGAUUUUGAAGCUACAACGAGAUGUAGUACAUGUGGACUGUGGUUUUCCAGUUGAGGGUCGAAGUAAUCCGCUGCGGGUGGAUAUUGUCUGUGAUAAUGGCUUAAGAUGGAUCAAAGCAAUUGCUCGUAAUUCGAAGUCAUUGUCUGAUGCGGCCAAAGGUGCGGCAAGCUAUGGAGCGCGUAGCAUAUUAGAUCAAGCGCAGGAGUUCAUAGACGCCAGCGCACAACACUUGUGCAUGUUUAAGCCGCCGAAAGUGGUUUUCUAUUUCAGUCAAACCAUUGACAAUACGCUCCUUGUGGAACUGCAAGAGAUCGGUAUAGAAAUAGCUUCGGUUGCCGAAACUUCCGACUGUGAUCAGAGUGCAGACGUUUUAAAUGUAAGCACUCUAAAUAUCGAUAUAACCACGCUAUUGGCGUAUAUAAGCAAUGUUUGCAAUGGCAGUUGCAAUUGGACAUUCCAAGAGCCCAUACUUACCGAACAGGCAGAAAAAGAGCGGCAAGCGCCAUUGAAGCCACUCUUGGAUAAUCUGUUUGAGGGAAAACGCCUCAUUUGCUGCGAAACUGCGUACAAAUCAUUUGAAGAGAUAAUUUAUUUACUGGCCGGUCCCCAAGAACAUCAACGCGCUGCAGAGCUAAUGAAACGUGUAGAAGUGUUACCCGACGUGGCUAGUGUGCCCGAUGAAUUGGCUGUGAUUAAAUUUAGCGGUAAAAUAAAUCAACGAAGUUUAAAGAUUUUCGCAUUUGGCAUGCAAAUGAAAGCGGUGACUGUGACCUCGAAUAAAGCAUUCAUACGUUCGGCUAAAAUGCAAGGUAUCAAUGUUCCUGUGUUCACCCACCAAGCCAGGGCUUUGACCGAGGCUAAAGAGGCGUCUGGUAGGCCUAUAGAAUGAUUUGCAAAUGAAACCAUGCGACAAAGAGUGGGGCGCGAUUUUAGUUGGCGAAUGCAUAAAUCAUUGAUUUAUUGCAUAUAAGAUGUUCAUAUUUAUUAAACAAAUUUUCUAUUAAUAGUAGGCGAAUAUACAUAUUAUUGUUAAUCAACUGUUUAUACAAUUUGCAAACCACAUUAAGCUUUAUUGUGAGACAAAUAGCUUUUUGCAUCGAAUUACGACCGGUAAUCAAUUAAAGGAGUGGUGCCAGGCCCACACACUGCCAUA